AUGAAUUUUGAAUUAAUAAAAACAUAUUUUCUCUACCUUGAUAAGUUUGCAUGCCCGGUACAACUAUUUAUUUAGAAAAAAAGAGGGUAUCAAACAUAUUUGGGUGCAUUUACAACACUUGGAUGCAUAGUAACUAUUCUUCUCUAUUUAACCAACAAACUCAGUUAAAUAGAUGAUAGAACUGAAUUUUAAACUCUCUAUUCUGAUAUUUUUCAUCUAGAGCCUCCUUUUUAUAAGCUAACUGAAGACAAUUUCACAUUAUAGUUUGCUUUUCAAUAUUAAAAUAGAACAAAUUACAUCAACGAAAGUAUAUACAUCCCAGAAGCUUAUCUUGUAUAUAAAUAAAUAACUGAGUAUUCAAUAUAAUAUAAUUACAAGGGUUAAUGGUAAAAAGAAAGAAUAUAAUAAUAAAACAGUAAUACCAAUCUCAAAAUGUUCAAAAAAUGGUAUAAUCUAAGAUGAGUUGGCAGAGUAAUUUGAUGACUAAGAUCCUUCAAAUACAUAUUGUUUGGAUUGGAGUAGGAUUGAUAGUCUUUCAUUAUUUGGUACUGAUGAUGCUCCAGAAUAUUAGUAUAUUAAUGUGAGUUUUAGUGUAUGUUAAAAUGGAUCAAGUAUUUAUAAAUUUUUAUUAGAAAAGAACCUGGUGUAGUAUGUGCUGAUAAUAAUACAAUCUAAAAUGUUUUGAAUAGAAAUUAUAUUCAUUUUUAAUUGACAUCAUACAUAAUUAAUUUGAGAGAUUUCACUACACCACUUAUCCCAAAAGUGGAAGACAUAUACACAACGAUAUCAGCCAGAGUUACAAAAGAUGUUGAGAUAUUUAUGUAACCUAUAACUACAAUAACUGAUUUUGGUUAUUUUUAAAAAGAAAUUAGAAAGGACACUACUAUCAGGUAUUUUUCUGAUAAAGAAAUUAUUGAUUUUAAUACUGAUACAUCUUUGGCUAAUGUUGUAAUUCGUCUAUCUGAUACUGAAUAAGUAAGUUAUAGAAUCUAUCCAAAAGUGUAAGAUGUUUUAGCAUCAGCUGGAGGAUUAUGGUAAAUCAUUAUUGCUGUUGCUUUAUUUCUCUAAAAACCUUUUAGUGAACUAGCUUAUAGCAUUGAAAUUAUUAAUAAACUAUUUAAUUUUGAAUAAGAAACAACUAAUAAAGAUAGAAAUAAACCUAAAUCUAAUGAAAAUUUAAAUGAAACUAAACCUUCUAAAAUAUUAUUGCCUACUCAAAAUGAUAUUAAAACUUCUCUAUAGACUUAACCUGAUGUAAAAAAUAAAACCUAAAUCAAAUAAGUUGUUUCUAAAAGAUUUCCUUAAGGAAGAUAACAGUCAGUUAUUAGUUCAAAAUCUAAUGGAUUUAUAGAAAGACUAACUUAAAAUGAGAGAAUUAAUGAAGCUCGAUCUCUUUUCACUUUAGUUUCAUCUAAUAUAAAAAUGAAAUUUAAGGAAUAUGUACAAUAUCUUACAUAUAGACCUAAAAGAAAGAAGAUGGAUUAAUUAGAUUAUUCUAUUAAGAAAUAUGAAUCAUUUUUAGAUAUACUUUUUAUAAUAGACAAACUAUAAGAAAUUGAUAAACUUAAAUUAAUUUUGUUUAACAAAGCUUAAAUGAAUUUAUUUGAAUAUUUACCAAAGCCAACAAUAUAUUUAGAACCAUUUAGUCCAGAAUAGGAAGAAUUAUAAUUUCAUUCAUCAAUUCUUACUCCUCAAAAAUCCUUUGAAGAGAAAGCUAAAUAAGCAUCGAUUGCUUUUGAAGAACUUCUUGUAGACUUUGACAGUAAUCCUGUAACAUAAAAAUUAAUAACUUGUUUAGAUAAAGAAGUUGUUAAUGUACUAAUCUCUGAAUAUGAAGAAAGAAAUAGAACUAGUAGAGUUAAAGAAAACUUUGCCUCUAUCAGUUAUGCAGUUAUCAAUAAAAUUAAAUAAGAUUAAUAAUAAAAAUAGCUUUAGCAUGAUCAAAUCACAAAGCAUGCUGAAUAGAAGAAAUUAUUUGAUGGAACUGUAUAGAAUAGUGUUAUAAGAGAAAAAUCAGAUAAUAAGGAAGGAUCUUAAGAGUCAAUAUAAUAUAAAUCUCAUAAAGAUUAUAGUUGAAAAUCUAAC